GUUUAUUAUUGUUUACAUUAGAUCACUCAUCCAUUGAAGUUGAAAUGAAGAGAAGAAAAUUUAGUUGAAUAUUUUGGGUGUUAAUUUGACAACAAAACCAGAACCAAGAACGAACUACGUUUGUUUAUACUUGUAUAUUUUUGUUACACUUUAAUAAAAGAAUAACUCAAAGAAUUCUGUCCAUAACUAAUCGAGAAAUCAAAAAUUUUUAUAAUGCCUUGUUCUGCUUGUGGAACAGAGUUUGGAAUUUUCAAGAAGGAGAUUGGUUGUGAAAAUUGUGGUUUUGCUUUUUGUGGAAAAUGCUGCAGGAAACAAGAAGUACAAUCAGAGAGUGGAGACUUGAAAAAGUAUUUAAUUUGUAAUGCCUGCUUUUUGCAGAAGACAAAAGGCCGUGCUGCAACUACUGCCGAUAUUUCACCCCCAUUAGCCCACAAAAAACGUAUGUCUCUUUUGAAAAAACAAUCUUAUAGUGUGGAUUCAGCUACUCAUGUGCAACUACAAUCUGAAUGGUGUGAUAAAGACAUAGAAAUUGCUGAGAGACUUCAAAAACUUAAAAGUGAUCGAAUCAAAGCUGAUUUGCCCAGUAAUAGUGAAAUCGAAGAAAGAAUUGCAAAAUUGAAAGGAAUGGACCCAUCAAAAUACAAAGCUCCUCCCAUUGAAGUGUUCAGACCAGCUGAUCGAAGAUCUUCUUUUGAAAAAGCAUCAGACCUCAUGAAAGAAAUGUCUGAAAAAGUUGAAUUGGAUUCGAAAAUUGUUAAACCUGAAGAUGAAAUUGAAGCUCGUUUGGCUAAAUUACGGGCUAUGGAUUCUGAAACUGUAAGAAAUGAUAGUGAUGUGAAUAUUUCAAAACCUGAAAGUCAAGAAAAUCUUCCAGAAAAUCUGCUUUCUAAAUAUCAAGAACCAUGGGAAGGUAGAUCUGAAGAAGAACAAAUUAAAUAUCUUCUUGAGAAAUAUAAAGUUCCAACAUCCUCAACUUCAAAAUCACAUGAAGAUGUAGAAAUGAAUGAAGAAGAGGAAGCAGAAAAACUAGUUGAGAAACUUAUGGCCUCGAAUGUUGAUGAUGAAAUGGAAGGUUUAGAUAGUCUAAAUGAACAAGAAUCAGAAAAAUCACUUCCAAGUGAUGAUCAAAACAGCCCAGAAGAAGAAGAGUUUCCAUGGUGUGUUAUUUGUUCUCAAGAUGCUAAAAUAAGAUGUUUUGGUUGUGAUAGAGAUCUUUACUGUUUACGAUGCUUUAGAGAAUGCCAUGAUAGUUUGGAUAUAAAAGAUCAUAAAACUUGUCCUUUUUUGCCUCCUAAGGAGCCCAUGGUUUAAUAUGCCUUGACAUAAGUUUCUACUACUGUGAUUUACUAUUGAAACAAGAAUAUGUAUUUAGUAUAUCAAGCAAAAAAAAAUUUCUUGAAAGCUGCAAUCAAAUAACUAUGCUGUAUAUUUUUUCAUUCAGUCGAGAUCCAACACAAUUGAAAUAUAUAGAAUAUAUUGUAGUUAGAAAUAUAUUGCUAUAAGUUUACAAACACUACGUAUAUAAUUGAUAAGAACUUAUUUCCAUGUACAGUUGUUGUCUAUUUUAUUAUCUCUUGAAAUUUUAGUUUUUAUGUGCUAGUUAUGUAUUAUUAAUAUGAUUUUAUGUACUUUUUAUUUUAUUCAUAAAAAUAAAAUAUAUUUACCAUU